AUGUGCAACAUCCAUGGUGUCCGUAUUCCGAAUUCUACUAACAACACACUCUAUGUUCCUCUUGACCGUUCCAAACACCCUGACGUCCAUGAUGAUAUGAUCACCACAUACGACCCACACAACCUUCCACUACGCACCCAAGAGGAGUUUAUGGCACAGGCUACAGCUGUUGAUAAUGCCUGUACCAAGACAGAUGCGGAAAAUCUGGCUCGCCAGUAUGGCAUUAAGGGAACAGCCAUUCUAUCCCGCCUCAACUCACUCAAAUUUCCUUAUUCCUUUCCAUACGACUUCAUGCAUCUUAUAUGGGAGAAUCUUAUUCCCAAUCUCAUCCUAUUGUGGACCAACAAGUUCAAGGGGCUUGAUGAGGGCCUGGAGCACUAUUCAAUCGACAGUGCACUUUGGGCUGCUAUUGGGAAGGACACAGCCAAAGCGGGAGGUACAAUUCCCAGCGUAUUUGGUACACGCGUGCCCGAUCUUGCCAAAGGUGGUUUUCCUAUAUCCGCAGAGAUGCACUCCAUCUGGGUACAGUUUAUUGGACCGACCCUUCUGCGACGGGCAUUUACCCAUGUCAAAUAUUAUGAUCAUUUCAUUCUUCUUGUUCAAAUCCUCAACAAAUGCCUGGCGUUUGAGAUUGGGAGGGACAAGAUAGACUGGCUUGGGGAAAAAAUUCCAGAAUGGGUCCAAACUUAUGAGAAGUCCAUUAUUACCCUUUUUUACCUCUUUUUCUGA